AUGCCUACUACCAAUCGGGCAUGGAGGUUUGUAAUCAGGCCCUGCAUUGGAGCGGAAGACACUGAUAUUCAGGAGCCUUCUGAGGUAGAUGUAGAAAUCAUCGAGGAUCACUGGCCUGGGCAGGGGAACCAGAGCUCCCAGAAAGUUCCUUCGUAAGUUAAUCCCACACCCUAAGAAACUCAUAGUUAAUUGCUUCAGGGAGUUCAAAUUCGACUCCUCAGCCCCCGGUGGGUUCAAAUGGGGGUUUCAGGUGGAAAGCGACCCCGAGAAAAUAUCCUUUUCAAAAUUGUAAGUCUUUGUCCCUUGAAAUGCUCUUCUUCCAACUGUACGAUAACUGACAAUGAGAUAGGUAUCUAGACCCUACCCAGAUUCAAUCGGCCCAGUCUCUAGCAAAAUUCACAGCAAGAAUCGGCCGUCUUCCACCAGAUAGGACGUUGACCGAGGGAAUCACUUUAUUUCUCAAGGCUAUUUGUGAAGUAGCAGCUGAUCGUAUGACUGCUGAUUGGACUAAAGGUAAACCUAAGAAUCCUCAAUAGGAGAGGCUAGUGGAUUGAUUGAAGGGCAGAAUUUGUCGAUAAAACACCGAUUGAGUACAUCUUGACUGUGCCAGCUGUAUGGUCGGAUAAGUCCAAGAGCGACACUUUGAAGUGCGCUGUUGAUGCUGGGUUCUGCUCUGCAGGCGAGGUUUCACUGAUCACAGAGCCCGAAGCUGCCGCGGUAUACACAUUUACUACAGUAAGCGAGCUUCCCGCGUAUGCUUGUGGGAUGGCACAAUUUAUAGGACAUUGUCUAGUUACCCGAAUAUUCAAUUAAGGAGGGGGAUAUAUUCUUGACUUGUGACGCGGGUGGGGGAACUGUGGUAAGUGGAACUUGAUCGAUUGGUGUCUUCGUUACCUUGCAUCGCGGCUUAUCUGUCGAUCCUAGGAUCUUAUUACCUAUAGAGUCUUAGACACUAAACCGGUCCUUAAGGUUGAAGAGGCAACCUUAGGCACAGGGGGGCUCUGCGGAUCUGUGUACCUAAACCGAAGAUUUGAAGACUUUGUCAGUAAGAAAAUUGGGAAAUACUUGGAUGAGCUUCCAAGGGUAGCAUACGUUGAAGGAAUGGCGGAGGUAUGUUUACCAUCCCCCAAAGAACCAUAUCCUAAACCUACCAGAUCCACCGAGCUUUCAACGAAGAGGUUAAGACGGACUUUGGUCAUGGACUCGAAGACGAGAAGGAGUACACUAUCGAAGGUUAAUCAACUCCCCAUAUUUAGGGAUUUGCUCGGCACUAACACCAAACAUAGUGCCCGCCGGUAUUCCGGACGGUGAAGAAGCGGGUGUCCGGGACGGCUGCCUGGUUAUCAGGCAAAAGGAUCUGGAGGAGGUGUUCGACCCGGUCAUUGACCGUAUUGUUAUGCUCAUAGCGGAGCAAAUCGGAGCUGUCUCCGAGCUGCCGGGCGAAAAUAAGGUUUCCGCGAUCUUGCUUGUCGGCGGUUUUGGAAGCAGCGAAUAUCUGAGGAGGAAGAUUGAAGGCAAUCCGUUGUGGGAAGGAACGGGUGUUAUUCAACCUGUGAAUGCGUAUGUACAUGUUUCCAUACUUCUGGAAGUCACUUGAGACUUAAGUUACUAACGUCGUGGAUGGAUGAAGGUGGUCUGCUGUGGUUAGGGGAGCGUUGUUACGCGGACUGCAAGGCGAUAUAGUUACCACUCGCAAGAUUAGAAACUUCUACGGGAUUGAGUACAGACACGGCUGGGAUCCCGAGAUUCACGAAGUUGGUGAUUUUGCAAACGAAGCCGCGAAGCAUAAGUAUUCCCCCAGGCGCGUACUCCACCCCACCCGUGCAGAAACCCUGAUGUUUGCAACAGGGUUUGGAGCGAUACAGAACAACUCUUCUUCUGCGCACAGAAGAUGAACUGGUAUGUCAAACGGGUAAGUUUGCGCUUCCCCUGAUCCGCUGGGCAGUAAUUUUUUGCCAAUAAUCUCUACCAGGGAGACGAAUUCUCUAGCUCGAAGGUGGUCAACUUCUCUUUCUACCGCGCGAUCACCGAUACCGCACAACUCCGCUUUACGGAAGAGCUCAUCACGUAUACCAGUAGCGGGGAUGCCCCGGAAUUUAUUGACUCUCGUACCAGCUCCCGAGCCCCCCCUUCUCCUCCUUCUCCGAGGGGGCUAACGCGUGUUACAGAAUGCUCUGUUCUAGCUGGUAUCGAGGUGGACCUAACCUCCUUUCCUCUGGAAACCUGGGAAACGGUACAGGGACCUGCGGGGUCUUACUACAAGGUUGAGUAUGCUCUCGAAAUGGGCUUUGAAGCGGCAAUUUCAUUCAAAGUGGUCUGCAAAGGUGAGUCUGAAAUUGCUUUUAUGCAAGCGGCUUUAAGGAACUUGCUAAAAUCGUCAUUUAGGAACUGUGGUUGGAGAGGUUGUGGCGGAUUAUGACAAGAAGUAGAUUCACCAGGGUGGAAGCCGGGCUCAUCAAAUCAUGAUGUACACCUCCUCUAACAUAACCGCAUACACUCAUAUCUCAUCAA